UUCCGCGUCAGUCUCAAGCCCGGUGUCGUGCGAUCACGUCCGCUCGUCGACCUUUCUCCGCGCGUUUCGCUCGCAGCCGCCGUGUGUCAGUCGUCCGUGUGCUCUUAACCCGUUCCGCACAGUGUUUCGUGCGUCUGUGGUGCUUCGUAAUCGAAUGGUGUGCGAUUUUUUUCGUCGAGACCGUUAUGCCAGUCGGCAGUCGUCUGCAGUGUCGUCCGUGGUGAAUUGAAAUCGUAGUUCUGAUAUAUUGUCAUUAUCGUCAUCAUGUCGUCAUCGUCGUCAUCAUCGUCACCUCCGUGGUUGCUGCAAAAAUUAUUCGGCGACCCAGUCGUGCCCUGUGUAGGUGGAAGAGUAAAACUAACUGACGUUAACCGUCAACUUAUUUGCGUCUUAUGCCGUGGAUAUUUGGUAGAUGCUACUUCCAUCGUCGAAUGUCUUCAUUCUUUUUGCAGAAGCUGCAUUGUACUGCAUUUGGAUAAGAAUAAUUUUUGUCCAAUAUGCCGAGAAGAUAUUCAAAACAGCAAAGUUCUCAAGCCCGACAAAGCAUUACAAGAUAUCGUGUACAAAUUAGUCCCAGGACUAUAUCAUUCAGAAAUGAAACGUAGACAAGAAUUUUAUCAAAAACACCCCCACAGAGAUAUGCAUUUACAACCGGAAUGUCGGGGUGUUAGUGUCGAUCGAAUAGUAUAUACAGCAGAUGAAUUAAUUAGCCUGUCAUUGGAAUACUAUGAUAAAGAAUGUGAACAAGAAAUGUGGAAAAACGUCACUGAUGACAAAGGAUUACAAUACAAAGUGAGAACCGAUAAGCCACAAAGAUGUAUUGUGAGGAAACGGUAUUUAAAGUGUCCUGCAGCCGUUAGAAUGUCGCACCUCAAAAAAUUUAUUCGAUUGAAGUAUAACCUAAAAUCGUGGGACAAGGUUGAGUUGCUGUACAGGAGAGAAAGCUUACCUGAAGAGUACUCUAUAAUGGAUAUUGCGUAUAUUUACACAUGGAACAGAAACGAACCUAUGCGAUUCUUUUAUAAGAUUAAUGCUCGAAUGAUGGUGCCUGUAACAUUGUCGACAGAUAAUUGUAAUACAGCGUUAACAGAUUCCAUAACUACAGAACCCGUAUUAUCACCUAAACCUAACACUCCUGUGGAAACGACGCCAUCUAUAGCUCAAAUUAAUGGGUCUGAUCUUCCUUCGAUCGGCGAAAGUACCGAAGAAGAUAAGAAAAAAGCUAUACCUCAACUUUUGAAAGUAUCCAUUACUGAAGAACCAACAGUAAUUGAGAAAGAACAACGGUCCAAAACAGAAUCAAGCCUUAAUGAAUCGGUGCCAAUAAUUGCAAGAAGUGAUUUAUUAAAAAAAGAUAAUCGGUCGUCUCCUCUUCCACCAAUAGUACCAUUGAAUCCUCCCAUAUCACCUGAAGGUAGUUCUAAAAAGGAAAAUGUUUCAGACAACGUCAGGAAUAAUUGUGCCAAUGAACUAUCAAAGUCAAACUCCGCAGUGAAUGUGGCAAUGGAAGAGGAUAAAUCUGUGGACACUGUUGAACAUCAACAAACCGGCAGUACAGCCACCGAUAUACCGAUGAAGAAGCUGGAAAAACUAGUUGACCAGCAGCAAAUGCCGCCGACUACUGUUCCUAGCAAUCCUCCUUCUUCUGCUCUACCAUUGCCGAAAAAGCAUACUGGUGUCGGAGAAUCCAAGCUCAAUCUAUCCAUUACAAAACUAAUCAUGAAGAACAAAAAUGCUUCCGCUGCUGCCAAAUUUGUUCCUACUCUACAACAAAUGCAACAGAUCGGUAUGCAUACAUCCAUACCUAGCUUUCAGCAACAACAACAACAGCAACAAUCUCCGUCUGUACAGCCAAACGCUUAUGUUCGACCAGGAUUUCCUGGUAUGCAUCCAUUCAAGAGGACUCCAGACGCAGUGCCUAUUCGGAGUCAAGCGUCCACCAACCGUCCACCUUUUAUACCAGUGCGCAAGUCCUAUGAGUGGAAUAAGGCCAGAAGUUUGGCGGCCAAGCCACUACCGUCACCCGUAACGACUACUGUGAAAGAUAAUAAGAAGAAUGACAAGCCUACGAUUGAAAAUCCUACUAAAAAAUCGAUAGCUGAUAAACCUCCAACGACUACCGUUAAUAGUUGUAUGUCCUCAAAAAAUGUGGACGAAAUGAACGCGGCGCAAAGUCUCUUAAAAGUUGGCCAAGAUCUGCGGCUCUUGAAGCCGCCGACUGUCACCGACUUACAUGAUAAGUACAACUGUGAAUCAUCGCUACAGAUUACCAAAGUCACAGAACCAGAGACUAAUCAACUGCCAGUAGUGCACGAAAAUCACUCGAACUCUCAGCCUAGCCUACAGAUAAUGCGAGUGCCUACGGCCACAGACAAGUUAGCAAAACCUGCAACAACUACAGAAACUAAUAACGGCAACAAUAGUGGCAAUACUGUGGUAGUGCCAACCAAACCAGUUAACAAGAAACCAGUACCAAACCUAUACAGUAUGCCAACGAAACGGAUGAAGGAAGACCCACAUAUUCAACACAACAACGUUACAGAUAACAAUCGUAUAGAGAGGCGCGUGGAUACGGAAAAUGGCGUUCUCAGUGUGUCACUCUUGACUGAGACUUCUAAGCAAGACAUGGACGCCAAACGUCGUGAAAUCGUGCAACCGGACGUGUCUAUCAAGCUGAUGACGUUCGCUACCGAAUCAGUGAAGAAGGCACCGGAACUGAGUCCAAUCGCUAGCGUUGGCUGUAACAACAAGAAGAAAUUGGAUGAAUUGAAUGCCAUCUCUGGCAGUGGUACUAACAACAAGAGGAAAUUGGAUGAAAUGAAUUCUAUUGUAGCUAACGGUGGUACUAACAAUAAGAGGAAGUCGGAUGAAUCGAAUCCCAUUGUUGACGGUUGCACUACUAACAAGAAAAAGUUGGAUGAAUUGAAUACCAUCGUUGGAAGUGGUGUAAACAACAAGAGGAAAUUUGAUGAAACUAGUCCCGUCGUUGGCAAUAGCGUCAACAGGAGGAAACAAGAGGACCCCGAACGGAAGGUUACGCCUCCGAGACUUGGACCGAAUAAGGAUGACGUACCACAGUUGAUCGAGAUAAAUUCGUCACCUUAUGCCAAACUGUUACCUACCAAAAAACAGCAACCGGCUACUAAACAGCUACAUGCAUCGAAACAGCAACCGGUUACGAAACCGCAACCUGCUACAAAACAGCAAUCGGCCAUGAAACAGCAACCUACCUCAAAACUUCAACCUGUGACUAAAGUUUUGGACUUGUCCAAGUCUCCACCAAAUGGUGGCGUAAAAAGAUUAGCAACUACUGAUGUUUCAGGCAACUGUUCUUCACCCAACUCAAAAAAAUCAACCAGCCCUGGGCUAAUGGUACAGCCGACAAUGUCUUCAACUGCUUCAGCGGCUAUCAACUCUAACUUAUUGUUCGCGGCCCAGAGACAAGCUGCCGCAUACCUAUUAAAACAACAUUUCGAAACAUUAAAUAAUGGACUGAUGCGUAACGGUGGCAAAGGGCCCGUAGAAUGGCCUCGAGCUAUGUUUAAUCCUGCGUUGUUCGCCAGGCCACCUACUAAUCUAAACAAUUGAAUUAGACCUUUUCAUGAACUAUUAUUAUAAUUAUUAUUGCUACCGUUUCUUCAUCAUUUUAAUUUUUUUUCUGAUAUCACGUUAUCACGUAGUGUACCUAUAGUUAGUUUAGUUAUUACUUGUACUAUUGAAUAUAGUAUAGUUAUUAUUUAAUGUUAGUUUAUACAGUAUGUUCAUAAUGAAUUAUUAUUUUUUUAUUCGUUAUUACUAAUAUUUAAUUUCCUUUUUUGUUAAUGAGUUCGGUAUGUUAUGUCAAAGCUCAAAUGUAAAUUUUUUUCGUGUAUAUAAAUUGUACAAAUAAGACACACAUGUGAAAUUAAUGAUGAUGACAUUACAUCAUUAUGCUAUUAUUUACACUAUUAUAUUAAUAGCAGACUGGUACUCUAUAUUUAUCGCAUUAUAUAUUUUUUAUAAUAUGUACAUUUACAAAAAAACACACCAUAUAUGUUGCUUAAAAACAAUAACAAUAUUGUAUAGCAAUUAUAUUUAUUACUAUAUCUUAUAUAA